GGUGCCAGAAUGAAGUUUUCUAAUGCAGUUACAGACAUUUGGGCGUUUGAGUUUCUGAGUUAUUGACCAACCAUUUUGUGUAAUUCAAUCUCUGAGGUUCAACUUUUGUUGGUCAAGAUGGCAACUCAUCUACCAUGUUUCACACCCUCUGAUACUCGAACUUCAGUAGGAGUUUCAGCAGUUCUGGGAGGAAGAGUUUUUACGAACAACCGCAUUGGUAAAGUUUGUUCCCUGAACCUGAAGUUAUUCGAUGAGAAGAAUGUGCCUUUUGGUUCCAACCAUAAGAUCACUUCUAGUUUGGCCCAUUUUAGAUGUUUAGCCAACUCCCACAACGUCAGCCCAUAUCCUAGUCAAGAUCCAUUUCUGAAUCUACAUCCUGAAGUAUCGUUGCUAAGAGGAGGCGAGGGAAAUGACAUGGUAACUAAUCCAAGAAAGGAAAGCUCUAGUGGCAUUGUAACUGAGAGCAUAAAAGACUUGUCCAGUCCGAAUAAUUAUAAUGAAGCUAAAAUCAAAGUAAUUGGUGUUGGGGGUGGCGGGUCAAAUGCUGUUAAUAGAAUGAUUGAGAGUUCCAUGAAAGGUGUUGAGUUCUGGAUAGUUAACACUGAUGUUCAAGCGAUGAGGAUGUCACCUGUGUUUAGUGAGAACCGCUUGCAAAUAGGUCGAGAGCUAACAAGGGGACUUGGUGCCGGUGGGAACCCAGAUAUUGGCAUGAAUGCUGCCAAGGAAAGCAAAGAAGCAAUAGAGGAGGCACUUCAUGGUGCUGACAUGGUCUUUGUAACGGCGGGAAUGGGUGGGGGAACUGGCACUGGUGGUGGCCCAGUAAUUGCAGGAGUUGCAAAGUCAAUGGGUAUCUUGACUGUUGGUAUUGUUACAACACCUUUCUCUUUUGAGGGACGAAGGCGAGCGGUACAAGCACAAGAAGGAGUUGCAGCUUUGAGAGAUAAUGUUGACACAUUGAUUGUCAUUCCAAAUGACAAGUUAUUGACUGCCGUUUCCCAAUCUACCCCCGUUACUGAAGCUUUUAAUUUGGCUGAUGAUAUACUCCGACAAGGUGUUCGUGGUAUCUCUGAUAUAAUCACGGUUCCUGGUCUAGUCAACGUUGAUUUUGCUGAUGUCCGAGCUAUCAUGGCAAAUGCAGGUUCUUCUUUGAUGGGAAUCGGAACAGCAACUGGCAAGACCAGGGCAAGAGAUGCCGCAUUGAACGCCAUCCAAUCACCUUUGUUGGAUAUUGGCAUAGAAAGGGCUACUGGGAUUGUAUGGAACAUCACUGGUGGAAGUGAUUUAACUUUAUACGAGGUAAAUGCUGCUGCAGAGGUGAUUUAUGAUCUCGUGGAUCCAAGUGCAAACUUAAUUUUUGGUGCAGUUAUAGAUCAGUCACUCAGUGGUCAAGUUAGCAUCACUCUGAUUGCUACGGGAUUUAAACGUCAAGAUGAAGCUGAAGGAAGGCCUCUUCAGGGAAGUCAGCUAGCACAUGGAGACAACCUUGGGAUCAAUCGACGACCUUCCUCUUUCACUGAAGGUGGCUCAGUGGAGAUCCCCGAGUUCCUGAGAAAGAAAGGACGCUCACGUUUUCCUAGAGCUUGAAACACUCUCGUUCAUUUUGUUUCCUUGUAAUAUAUCUCCGUGCCCACCAUUUUUCAGUUCAUUUUUGUUUUUUUACUUUAAAUCAUUCCCGGGUGUUCAAAAUAGAUUAGGACAUAUCAAGGUCAGUAUGCCUUAAAUAGUUACCAACUCCGAGAUCCAGUGUAUCCUUUUCUACAAAGCCUAUUUUCUCCUAUUGAAUAAUAAAAGGCUUAAUUUGUUUG